UUUCAGAAGCACUUGGGGUGCAUUCACACUGUGGUUGUGUUCAGGAUGGUGAUCAGGAUUGUUUACUGGGAUGUUCGUGGGCUUGCUCAGCCCAUGCGAUUGCUGUUGGAGUACACUGGUGCUGAAUGGGAGAAUAAAGUCUAUUCCUGUGGUGAAGCUCCUCAUUAUGAUAAAAGCGGCUGGCUCAAUGACAAAGCCAAGAUUAAAAUGGACUUUUGUAAUCUGCCCUACCUUGAGGAUGGAGAGAGGAGGAUAGUCCAGAGUAACGCCAUAAUGAGAUACAUUGCCCGCAAACACAACCUCUGUGGCGAGACUGAGGAUGAGAAAAUCAGAGUGGAUAUUUUGGAGAAUCAGGCAAUGGACUUCCGCAAUGGUUUUGUCAUGCUCUGUUACCUAGAUUUUGAUAACAAAAAGCAGGGCUACUUGGAUGCACUUCCAGGAGUUCUGAAGCAGUUCUCUGAGUUUUUGGGAGAGAGGAAGUGGUUUGCUGGUGAUAAGAUCACAUUUGUGGACUUCAUCAUGUACGAAUUGUUGGACCAGCACCGCAUGUUUGAGCCCAAAUGCCUGGACAACUUCAAGAACCUCAGAGAUUUACUGGACAGAUUUGAGGCACUUGACAGGAUCUCAGCCUACAUGAAAUCCAGCAGAUUUAUGAAAACACCUGUCAACAACAAGAUGGCAAAGUGGGGAAACAAGAAGGAAUAAAAACAGUGGCACUUUUCUGGUGAUAGUACUUUGAAGUACUGCUCUGUACUGUUCUUUUGGAAACAAUAUGUAUAAAAACAAGCAAAGCACUUAUUUGUUGUUUAAAGCAAAAACAAGUGUGACUUGUUUAAAAUUGUGAUGAUUUACUACUUUUAAAGAAUG